AUGAAUAAGCCACCUCGAACUCAUCAUUGCAGUUGGUGUAAUUUAUGCAUAUUAAGAUUCGAUCAUCACUGUCCAUGGUUAAAUAAUUGUGUUGGUUACUUUAAUCAUCGUUACUUUUUUCAAUUUUGUUGUUUUAUGUCAGUUGGAUGUCUCUAUGCUGGUUGGUUUGGUUACCGUGAAUAUCAAAUCAGUCGAUUAGAUGAACAAGUAUUUCGGCAUACGGAUUCGAUUUUCAAGGUUAAGGAUAUUUUGUACGUUAUGGGCGUAGAAGGUUUUAUUACAUAUUACGUAUUUGUGAUGGCAUUCGCAGCUGGUUUUAUUUUAAUUGCUCUCAGUGGGUUGCACGGAAAAAUGAUUAGCCAAGGUGAAACAUCAGUCGAGCAUUUACUGACUCAAAGUUCCGCUCGUCAAGAUUAUAAACAAGGUGCUAUUUUUACCAGUAUAUGCGAUAGGAAUUUAAUCGAAAAUUGGAAACAAUUUUUAGGUGUUCGUACUAAAGGUGAAUUUAUUCAACGCAUUCUUUUUCCAAGUACACAUAAACCAAAAGGCAAUGGUAUAACAACAGAAGAUAUGUUUUAUGCACACCCACACCCACACCGAGAAGAGCGGUUUCGAACAAAAUCAUAUGUUUCUUAUGCAUUGAAGAUUUUUAAGCGUAUCUGCAGUAAUAAUUUGGUUCGAAUUUAUCAAUCAAUACUACCAACAAUAUACGUACGACGUGAACCCCGCUACUCUAAUUCGACUUAUCAGUCACAAUCACCAUUGAUAAUACGAACAACUCGUUUUCAGACUUGUUAA